GAGGGAGGCCUCGUCAUCCGCGCUGGUGGAUGACGUCAGCGCAGUUUAAACCCCUCAGGAAAGCCGGAUCCGAAGAAGCGUGCGGUUAUUGUUUGUUAUGAUCGGAUACAGGAGGUCGUAUCGGCGUGUCGGAUAAAAGGAGGGCUUUUAGUGACCGAAGCGAUGGCCGGCGUGUUUGACUUUGAUUUGGAAAGUGAAGACCUAAGCGACCUGGAAGAAGUGGCCGGUGACGAGGAUGAAGAGUUUGAAUUCACCGGGAUUGAACCAGACCUGUCUGGAGACUGUAAGGAGAUCGAGAUCUCCUCUGACAUUGUGAACAGAGGCACCGAGAGGAUCGGACCCGAGUGCUUUGAGCUGCUGAGGGUCCUGGGGAAAGGGGGGUACGGCAAGGUUUUCCAAGUGAGAAAAGUUCAGGGUGCAAAUACUGGCAAAAUCUUUGCAAUGAAAGUUCUGCGAAAGGCGAAGAUCGUGUGCAACGCCAAGGACACGGCGCACACGAAAGCAGAGCGGAACAUUCUGGAGGCGGUGAAGCACCCCUUCAUCGUGGACCUGAAGUACGCCUUUCAGACGGGAGGGAAGCUCUACCUGAUCCUGGAGUGCCUGAUCGGUGGCGAGCUGUUCAUGCAGCUGGAACGAGAAGGAAUCUUCAUGGAAGACACGGCCAGUUUUUACCUGGCUGAGAUCACACUGGCUCUGGGCCACCUGCAUUCGAAUGGGAUCCUCUACAGAGACCUGAAACCAGAAAACAUCAUGCUGGACCAGCAAGGACAUAUCAAGCUGACGGAUUUCGGGCUGUGCAAAGAGUCUAUUCACGACGGCACAGUCACACACACCUUCUGUGGGACCAUCGAAUACAUGGCUCCUGAGAUUCUGACCCGCAGCGGACACAACCGGGGUGUGGACUGGUGGAGUCUGGGGGCGCUGAUGUAUGACAUGCUAACGGGAUCGCCUCCCUUCACUGCGGAUAACAGGAAGAAGGUCAUCGACAAAAUCCUGAAGUGCAAACUGACCCUCCCCCCCUACCUGACCGCCGACGCCAGAGACCUGCUGAAGAAGCUCAUGAAGAAAAGUGCGUCUCAGAGAUUGGGAGCUGGACUUGCAGACUGCGCUGAUGUCCAGAAACAUCCGUUCUUCAGACACACAAACUGGGACGACCUGCUGGCCAGAAAAGUGGAGCCACCGUACAAACCAUGCCUGCAGUCGGACGAGGAUGUCAGUCAGUUUGACACUCGCUUCACGAGACAGACCCCCGUCGACAGCCCUGACGACUCUGCCCUGAGCCACAGCGCCGACCAGGUCUUUGAGGGAUUCACCUAUGUCGCCCCCUCGGUUCUGGAGAGUCUGAAGGAGGGCUCUUUAUUCGAACCCAAAAUCCGAUCGCCCCGCAGACUGAACAGCAGCCCUCGAACCCCAAUCAGCCCACUAAAGUUCUCUCUGACCGAACCAUUCAAGCCCAGCGGGGGGGAGUCGGUCGAAAAAAUGGACACCGCCCCUUCGUCUGACAGCAACGCCUCCCAGCCAAUCAGAACGCCGGGCCGGACCAAGAAACAGAGGGGCCACAAAAAAAACAAUAAUUAAAUUAAUACAUCUGGAAACCCCCUGCCUUCCACACUGCAGCCCAGCGCUUUCUUUAUCUAACCACUGAGCUCCUCGAACCCGCUGCCUUCCACACUGCAGCCCAGCGCUUUCUUUAUCUAACCACUGAGCUCCUCGAACCCGCUGCCUUCCACACUGCAGCCCAGCACCCUAACCACUGAGCUCCUCGAACCCGCUGCCUUCCACACUGCAGCCCAGCGCUUUCUUUAUCUAACCACUGAGCUCCUCGAACCCGCUGCCUUCCACACUGCAGCCCAGCACCCUAACCACUGAGCUCCUCGAACCCGCUGCCUUCCACACUGCAGCCCAGCGCUUUCUUUAUCUAACCACUGAGCUCCUCGAACCCGCUGCCUUCCACACUGCAGCGAGUGAAAGUUUUCUUGGGGGGGGGGGGACAAAAUAUUAUGAAACACCUGCCAUAUGUAGUGUAUAAUUUAUUGCUGGGUAUUGUAUAUUUAUACAUAGAGUGGUCUAAGCGCUGAUCAUCUUUAAAAUCCAUUCUCUCACCUCUUAUUAGCUUUAUUAACAUGAUCACCGGCCCCUCCCUUUAAAGGAGCGCUGACCAUCUUUAAAAUCCAUUCUCUCACCUCUUAUUAGCUUUAUUAACAUGAUCACCGGACCCUCCCUUUAAAGGAGCGCUGACCAUCUUUAAAAUCCAUUCUCUCACCUCUUAUUAGCUUUAUUAACAUGAUCACCGGCCCCUCCCUUUAAAGGAGCGCUGACCAUCUUUAAAAUCCAUUCUGUCACCUCUUAUUAGCUUUAUUAACAUGAUCACCGGCCCCUCCUCUCUUUAAAGGAGCGCUGAUCAUCUUUAAAAUCCAUUCUCUCACCUCUUAUUAGCUUUAUUAACAUGAUCACCGGCCCCUCCCUUUAAAGGAGCGCUGACCAUCUUUAAAAUCCAUUCUCUCACCUCUUAUUAGCUUUAUUAACAUGAUCACCGGCCCCUCCCUUUAAAGGAGCGCUGACCAUCUUUAAAAUCCAUUCUCUCACCUCUUAUUAGCUUUAUUAACAUGAUCACCGGCCCCUCCCUUUAAAGGAGCGCUGACCAUCUUUAAAAUCCAUUCUCUCACCUCUUAUUAGCUUUAUUAACAGGAUCGCUGGCCCCUCCCUUUUCUUGCCAUAGCAGCAUUAAUACUAACCCACGGUAGCUUUAUUCUGUUUUCAGAUGGCCAACUAAUACCUUACCCAGAGUGCCUUUUUUUAUAGGGAGAAAGACAUUGCUUGGCCAACACUAAAGAAGCAGUAUUUUACUAAAUAUUACUUCCGGAAUUAUUAUUAUUAUUAUUAUUAUUAUUAUUAUUAUGAAUAAUAUUAAUAAUAUUAAUAGACAGGGGAAGAUUUGAUCCCGCAAAGUGAAAUGGGACCCUGAGCAAGUCACUGAACCUCCUUGUGCUCCGUCCUUCAGGAUGAGACGUCAAACAAACGAGCUCCUAUUGGAAGUGACUCUGCAGCAGCCACUGACUCCCUGUGUGUGUGUGACCCUGAGCAAGACACUGAACCUCCUUGUGCUCCGUCCUUCAGGAUGAGACGUCAAACAAACGAGCUCCUAUUGGAAGUGACUCUGCAGCAGCCACUGACUCCCUGUGUGUGUGUGUGACCCUGAGCAAGUCACUGAACCUCCUUGUGCUCCGUCCUUCAGGAUGAGACGUCAAACAAACGAGCUCCUAUUGGAAGUGACUCUGCAGCAGCAGCAGUUGUUGAUGAUGCAGAGUUCACCCCCCUAGUCUCUGGAAGUCGCUUUGGAUAAAAGCGUCUGCUGAAUGACUAAUUCAUGAUAACGAAGUUCACUUUUUAAACUGCUUCAGUAUUCAAUAUGCUGCUUAUCAUUACGACUCAAAAAAAUACUACAUCAUAAUUGUCUUCAAAUAUAAUUCUCUUAGUUUUUUUGCUCAGUCUGUGUUGCUUUGACUAUUAGGACUACAGCUCCCAGCAUGCCUCUGCACCCGCGGCAAUGGUGAGGCAUGCUGGGAGCUGUAGUUCUUUAACUGCAAUGCGCUGGGCUGGGCUGCAUUACAUUGUUUUGCUCAGUCUGUGUUGCUUUGACUGUGAGUUCAGGAGCUGCUCUUCAGUUCUAGCUGCGCUGCCAUAGUUAUUGUAUUGUGAAUCGCUACAGCCCUGGCUAGGACUACAGCUCCCAGCAUGCCUCUGCACCCGCGGCAAUGGUGAGGGAUGCUGGGAGGUGUAGUUCUUUAGCUACAAUGAGCUGUGUUAUAGAUUUUUUACACAGACUGAGCGAAAAAAUGAAAUUAAGCAUAAUAUUUGAUUAAUUGCAAUAAUAAUAAUAAUAAUAAUAAUAAUAAUAAUAAUAAUAAUAAUAAUAAUAAUUUUAAGAGGGACUGUCUGGGGGGAAAAAAACAAACAAACAAUGAAACUGAUUAAUAUUUUAUCAUUUGGAAAACAGAAGUAAAAUCCUUUGCUUGAUUAAUCACUCUCCCGACAGAAAUGUUAUCUUAAUACAGAGAAAGAAAAAUAAAAAUGUACAGGCUCUUUUUAAUAAUGGGAUUUCCUUUGAAAUCCAUUUAUUCUGCUUUGUACAGAAUACCAAAAUGCGUUUUUUCUUUCGUCUUUCUCAUUGCAAAUGUUGAAGGAGGUUGAAUUUCAUCGAAUGAAUAAAAUAGAAUUUUGUAAUUA